AUAUAAUAUCACCAAAUAUUGAUAAGCUAAACAAUAGCGUGCUUAAGUUUUAUAAGAUGUUAAAAUUCACCAAACAAAUUGUGGUCCAUAUAUCUAAAAUUUCACAGAAAAUCCCUAUGUUUAGCACCAUCAAUACUAUUUUUAACAAAAAACUAAAACAAAACCCACCUAUAUAAACAUAAUUCCCCCAACUUUUUUCCAUAUCUUUUCAUUCUCUCACCCUCAUUAGUUUUAAACUCACCCAAAACAAUGGCUAGUUUAAAUCUUUCCUUAGCCAUUGUUUUGGUAAGUGGGCUUACCAUGGCCAAUAUAUGUUGGGCUACAUCCGUAUUUGAUUGGAAACUUCAAUAUCUUGUACCAACUAAUGUGGCCCGUCUUGCGGCAUUGCAACCCCCUUUAGUUUGGAACGAGACUCUAGCAGCCUUUGCUAGAUCGUAUGCUAAAGAGAGAGCCGUAGAUUGCAAAUUGCAACACUCAAAUAGCCCAAUUUAUGGUGAGAACAUUGCAAUGAGUCCUGGAGAAUUAAGCCCAACUGAAGCUGUGGAUUUGUGGGCUGGUGAAAAGCCCAAUUAUGAUUAUGGCUCUAAUAAUUGCAAGGAAAUGUGUGGGCAUUACACACAAAUUGUUUGGAAAGAUACACAAAGUGUUGGGUGUGCCAAAGAAAAGUGUCAAAAUGGAGGCACUUUUAUUACUUGCAAUUAUUAUCCUCCUGGAAAUGUUAUAGGGCAAAGACCUUUUUAAGAAUUUUUUUGGUAGGAAAAUUAUGUGUUAGGGCCAUUUUUCAUAAUUCUUCAUAUUAAUUAACCAUUUUUGUAUACAUAAACAUAAGUGUAAUGUAUUGACACAAUAUUUCAUAUUCAACCUUGCUUUUGAGAAUUAGUGAUUUUGUUAAUUUGCUACCAUAAGGCGUAAAUAAUGCA